UGUUUUGACAGCAAAGAAGAAAAACCGAAAAUCGUCAUCAAAACGUUCUGAAACCGCAAACAACGCGCUUCGUUCUCCCAGCAUUUUUCGGCGGAAAGUUAAAUAAAUUGUUAUUUUCUCGUGCUAAGUGGUUGAAAAAAUGUCCGACGACGAAGAGCUAGUGUACGUGAAGCGUCCCAAAACCAUCCACUAUGGUUCCCUGGAGGAUACGGAACGGAGCCGCCAAAUGAAAGACUCCGGAUCCGAUUUAUACUCGGGGGCCGGGAGUUCCAGUGACAUCAUUGGCCAAAUUUACACGUCCAGCGAAUAUUUCGAUCUGGAGAAUGAAGUGUCCAAGGACAAGGCCGCCCUGCUGGAGGAAUUCGAGCGAAAGAAAAAAGCCCGGCAGAUUCAUGUCAGUACGGAUGAUUCGGAAGUGAAGAAAAACUUGCGAGCUUUGAAUGAACCGAUUUGUUACUUUGGGGAAGGCCCUGCAGAACGACGGAUACGUUUGAAAGAAUUGUUGGCCUCUUUGGGUGAGAGUGCCAUACCGCAAAAGAGUGGUAAGGAGGAAGAUAAGAAACAGCAGGUCCACAAGGAGCAGGAAUCAACUUGGUAUCACGAAGGACCGGAAUCACUGAGGAUUGCACGAAUUUGGCUGGCAAAUUAUUCCCUUCCACGGGCAAAGAAGCGCCUGGAGGAAGCUGCCGAACAGCUGCAGCUUCCCAGUGCCACAAAAGCAGGUCGAAUGGUAGAGUUGCAGAAGCGUAUCCAAUCCUUAGCUCCUCUCUGCAGUCAGGUUGGGGACGUGCGGCCAAUUACCAACUGUAGCUUCAACCACGACUCCAGUCUGCUGUUGACCUCGAGCUUGAGUUCCAUGUGCAAGGUGUGGUCGGUGCCGGAUUGUAACCUGGUGCAAACCUUGCGCGGUCAUCAGUUCUACGUCAGCGCCAUUGCCUUCCGGGACGGCAUUGCAACGGACUCAAAAGGGGAAGUGGCCAUGGCUUCCGGUUGUUACGAUGGAACCGUAAAGCUGUGGUCAUUCGAUAGCGAAGAAUCCAUAGCGGACAUUAACGGGCAUGUGCCACAUCGUGUGUCCCGUUUGGCGUUCCAUCCUUCGGGACGCUUUCUUGGCACCGCAUGUUACGAUUCCUCUUGGCGCCUGUGGGAUUUAGAGCAGAAGCAGGAAGUAUUACAUCAGGAAGGACACGCUAAAGCUGUCCAUUGCAUUGCGUUCCAAGUAGAUGGAAGCGUGUGCGUCACCGGAGGUUUGGACGCAUUUGGACGUGUGUGGGAUCUUCGAACCGGUCGUUGUAUUAUGUUCCUUGAGGGGCACCUGAGUGCCAUCUAUGGCGUGGACUUCUCCCCCAAUGGAUACCACAUUGCAACGGGCAGCCAGGACAAUUCCUGCAAGAUUUGGGAUCUGAGAAGGCGCAACCCCGUCUACACAAUCCCAGCACACACGAAUCUGAUUUCCGAUGUGAAGUAUCAGAAGAACGGUGGCCACUUCCUGGUGACGUCCAGCUAUGAUAACACGGCGAAAAUUUGGUCCAACAAGACGUGGCAACCGCUGAAGACCCUGUCGGGGCACGAUAGUAAGGUGAUGAGCAUUGAUAUUUCACCCAAUUCGCAGCACAUCGCCACCACUUCGUAUGAUCGGACGUUCAAGCUGUGGAGCCCUGAAUGAGUUUUGGUUUGGAGAAUAAAGUUUUGUUCGAUAAAUAAAGCUA